AUGGCAAAUUCUAACACAGAUUCGAGGGCAAACUUGCAGAAAGCAUUUGACAAGAGCAAGGCCCUCUUCUUCUUGGAUAUCACACCACCCAACAAAAUUGAACCAAAGACCAAAGUCAUCGCGUACAUACCCAACUAUAUAGCAGAUGUCGAGGACAGCAAAAACGCCCUUGUUACUGCCAAAAUCUUACCGUAUCGAGAAAAGUUCGCCGAAGGCCCUGAGAACGUUGUCAGGAGGUUCCGGAAUAAGGAGCUGCAAUGCAUGUCAUCAUAA